AUGUCUCUCCUACUCUUCGCAGCUCCUCCCCUCCCAGCAGUCCACAAUCUCCGAUUCCCAGAGUGCCCACGACGAUCACCACAGCGUGAGUCCCGAUCUCCCAAGCAGGAGGACAAUGGCUCUCCCCAGGCGACGUUCCUCACCAAGCUCUACGCGCUCCUUGAGAGGCCCAAGAAGCACCACAUUAUCCGCUGGGAUUCCGCCGGAGAGCACAUCAUCGUCGAGCCGCCAGAGCAGCUCGUCCUUCAUUCGCGAUUUGCAAGCUUCUCCCGGCAAUUAAAUAUCUACGGCUUCAUGCGUAAGGUCAACCUGCGAAACGUUGACCCCGUGAUCGACGACCCUGACGCGAGCACCUGGUCGCACCCGACAUUGAACAGGCACUCCCCCGCAGAGGUUGUCGUGAACUUCAAGUGUCGCGUCCCUCCUCGCCUCCCGAAGCCGCGCAAGCGGGAGAACGAGAUGCCUCAAAUCCACCCACCGCGCUCUGCUAUCGGUAUGGGUCCCGUCCCGCUUUCCGUGCCUUCAGGGGAUUUAUCUCCGUACAAAGGUGGCCGUGCGGGCGGAUUCUCCUCCCCCGGCUCCUUCACGCCGCUCAGCCAGCCUGGCGCUCUUGGAUUGGGCACCAGCUACCCGCGUUCUACCCUUCCCCCUCUCAACGUGCCCUCCGACCCGUCGUCGCCUUCUUCGCACGGCAGCAUGUACUCCCACUCCUCUCAUACCCUGCACCCAGUUACCGCUUCUGAAGGUACCCAGUCCCCGUCUGCCUUUGGUUCGAUGACUUAUUCCAGCGCUGGCCGUGAAACGAUGAUGCUCCCCUUGCCAAACUCACAGUACCAGUACUCUGAGCAGCAGCCCAGCUGGUUUUCGUCGACGGGCGCGUCGCCCGCCACGCACUCUUCCAGCUCUCUUUCCAGUCUGCUGAACCCCAGCAGCAACAUCAGCAGCGGCUACUCCACCACCCGCCCCCAGCCUGCGGCUAUUAACACCUACACCUCCUCCUAUCCUAAGAUGGGACGCAGCCACCCCAGUGCGACUCCAGUUUCUCCUGACAGCCGGCCGACGUCUGGGUACUCCGCGGCCUCCUCUAUAUCGUCGCUUCCGACGCCGUACGAGGAGUCCAAUGCCCACCAGUUCGGCCACCACGACUACUCCCGGCCAGGGUCUGGGCACCAUAGGCCGAUGAGCCCGUCGUCGUCGCGCCCGCCAUCGUCGAAGUCCUGUUAUUCGACGAACAACGGGUCGUUGAGCAUCCGCAGGGAGCGGCGGCACGCCCAGGCAAUGUCGCCAUACCCAUCGUCCUACACCAAGCACCCUUCGCACCGCCCGUCUACCUCCCCUCACCCUGCGGACGAUCACUCCGGUAGCAACGGCAACCCUCGUGUGCGCAGCAUGAUCCAGCUGCCCUCCGUCGACUCUUACUCGUUCAACCCCUCGCAGGCGGAGUUCGCGUACGCCGCGGUCGACGACGACGGUCACGGUGGCCACGGACACGGCAUGUACGGCGGCCUUCUGGGCCAGCGGAGUGUGCGGCCGUCGACGAGCGCGUCGUCGCUCAGCACGAGCAGCUCGGCGGCGAACACGCCGGGAGGGGACGGAUAUGGCCCGAGCGGGGGAGAUGCGGAUAUCACCCGAUGUGAGUCAGUCUGCUUCGCUAUAUGA